AGCUAUGUGUAGAGAAAAUAUAACAUGAUUGAAUGAAACAUUUUACAAGUAAAGCAUACGGCGCAACCGGGCCAACUGAGAGAUGUAGGACUUGCAAGGGAACUGGCAAAAUAACCAGAAAAGACAAAGAGGGUAUUGCAGUGAUAUCGUACGGGGAUGAAAGGCUCGCCCCUUCUCGUACUGCUAUUUAUAUCAUAAUAGCUGUGAUAUUGUUUCUAGCCCUCACUGGAACACUGGUGGUUCUAUUUUAUCCACGAACGGUGAGCGCUACUUCGACCAACCUGAAGAUAAUAUACGCGGACAUUGACAAGAAUUCCACCAAGCUUGUCCUGCAAGACACUGUCAAUGUAAAGAAUUCUAACUAUUUUGUUGCCUACUUGGAUGGAAUCGAUAUAACUGUACAGUACCAGCAAAGAGAGGUGGGAAAGAACAGCACAGAAUACGGAGUUAACCUAACUCACCCUUCCAUCUCGUCCCGCAAAGUCUCCCCUCUCAACUACAGUAUCACAUUGGAGUUCAACAAGGAAACGGGGUCUGAUGAUAUCUGGACUUACUGCUGUCUUAUCAAAUACAGUCUCGGCUUCCAGGUGCAAGUAAAUACUCGGUUCAGUUACUUCUCGAACAAGUUUGAGUUUAGCGACAGUAUGUAUCAGAUAGCUAAUUGUAAUGAAAUGAUAAAGCACAGUGAUAACACAUGUCAUCUUGACUUAACAGGAACUAAAGAAGUGCCCGAAGAAGUAGCUGGAUGACAGUAUAAUAUUAUCAUCAGAUAAUUUAUUUGCUCAUUAAUAGCCUGGAGGUCAUCACAUUCACCGAAGACGAACUUUUAUUGACCGGACUUGAGUAAUGAGUAUUUGAACGAAUAAAGAAAAAGUUAUAUGUCAGUUCUGGAAGAUGUUUAUAUACGUGAAAUGAUUUUAUGUAGCAUUAGGGGAGGAUUCUCCCAUUCAGUGCCACUUGCUUUUCAGAGUCAUGUUAAUUUUAUCAUUUUUAUUUCGGCAUUCAAAUUAACGAGUUGCCAUUUUCAAGGGUGAUGUUGUAUUACAUUUUUAGGGAUUUCCUCUGACAUUGUUUUAUGAAAAGACACAAGAAAAUCCGUUGUUACUGUUACAUGAAAAUUAAAAUACAGAUAACUAAAAAGUGUUAACUGAAAUUA